CUGCCUUGUGAUCUUUGACAUCUCGAAGAAAGAAUGGAUGAAGACUUUAAAGCAGGGGCACUUGACUCUACUCUUCCAAGUCCAUCAGAGACUUUGCUUUCCAUUCGACUGUUAGACUUUAAAACAAGUUUAUUGGAGGCCAUAGAAGAACUGCGGAUAAGAAGGGAAACAGAAACUAAUUAUGAAGAACAAAUAAAUAAAAUUGUUAUAGAGAAACAAGAACUUGAGUGGCAGAAGGAAACUCUGCAGCAUCAGACUGACACACUGCAACAACAAAACAAAGAAGCUAUGGCAGCUUUUAAAAAACAGUUACAGGCAAGGAUGUUUGCCAUGGAAGAAGAAAAGGGAAAAUACCAACUUGCUGUAGAAACAAAAGAAAAAGAAAUCGAUGGACUGAAAGAAUCAUUAAAAGCAUUACAGAUUUCAAAAUACACUUUACAAAAGAAACUGAAUGAAAUGGAUCAAAAAUUGCAGAUGCACUUAACAGCAAAAGAGGAGCAUCACAAGAAGCUGAAUGAAAUUGAGAGGUGUUAUGCUACUAUUGCAUCUCGGUUUGGAAUUGUAAAAGGUGUUCAUGGCAAACUAGAGCACAGUGUGCAGGAAGCCAUACAGCACAAUAAGAAAUUAGCAUCAGUGAAUAAAAGACAAGAGACUGAAAUAAAUAAUCUGAAGGAAGAACUGAAGAAAGUAACUACAGACUUGAUAAGGUCCAAGGUCACCUCUCAGUACAGGGUGGGAGAAGAAAACAUCAAUCUUGCAGUGAAGGAAAAACAGUUUCAAGAACUGCAACAGAAAAUCAGAAUGGAGACAGCAGUCAGUAAAAAAGUUCAAGAAGAAAACACUCACAUUAAAGAAGAAAAGCUGGAAAUUCUCAGCUCUCUACAGUGUGUGCAGGAGCUGCUUCAGCGAAUAACCCAAGCGAAUGUUAGAAUGGAAAGUGAAUUAAAUGCACUGAAAGAAGACUAUCAGGCCCUUGAAAGAGAUAAUGAGCUGCAAAGGGAGAAGGCAAAGGAAAAUGAAGAAAAGUUCCUUAAUCUUCAGAAUGAGCAUGAGAAGGCACUAAGAACUUGGAAAAAUGAAGAGGAAAACAUGAGAAGAGAAAUACAAACUAUUAAAAAUGAGCUGAAUUCCCUUAAAGGACUUCAUAGACCUCUUGAAGAUUAUCAUCCUCCCCAGGGAAAUCAGCAUUCUGAGCAAGUGGAGAAUCUGCAGAUGCAGUCACCAGCUCAGCCCAUACCAACAAAUGUAAGUGGUCAAGUACACUCAAAAGACAGUGAAAUACAGGCUAUUCACAAAGAAAAUGAGUUUAUGCAGUCUGUAAUAAGUAAAUAUGGUAAUUGUGGAAAUGAAGAAGAAAUUGAAGUAAGAAACACAAGGGACAAGCCUUCAAGCAUUGAGGAAUUAAAGACAGAGCAAACUCUCAGUUCUUGUUCAAGAGUAAAUCAAAUGAGAGGUCAAGCUACAUGGACUUCAGCUUGCAAGGAGCCUUCCCUUUUGAAAGACAAACCACCAUGCUUAGUGGAAAACACAAACGUUAUUUCAAAUGCACAGAGUCAAAAUCUCAGUGAAAGUGUGGACAGUGGAAAAGCAGGACAAGGUUCUAGCAGUUUGAACAGAGCUGCCAACACUUUGAAUACCUCUAGUAUCCACCGAGAGCCCCAGGGAGAGCCUAGUGAAGGAUGGAAUGCUACAGCAAAGGCUUUUUAUGAUUCUUCUUUUCCCACAGAACAUGUUAAAGAAGGAUUUGCUGCCUUCCAGAACAAACAGAAGUCUCACAUGAGUGUCACUCCAGCAAGUGAAAAAGCACUCAAAGAUGAGGACAGCUGCUCUCUUAGGAACUCCAUCAUACAAAACCAAACAGGAGGAAUUGAGAAAUUAUUGAAUUUGGAGAGACUUCAUUCAGCAAGAAAGAGAAAAUACGAAGAAGGCCAGUGAAGAUGAGUGCCAGGAGAAAAGGAUUCUUUUAGGAACAGAGAGAUCUCUUACCUAACCCAGAUUUGUAGAGGUAUUCCUACAGAAUAUGGUACAUAUGUGUAGUUUCAUGUUUAAUAUAACAUGUUAACAGUUCUUAAUGUUCAAAAAUGUAUACAAUUCCUGCUCCUCAUGUUAGUUCUGGUUCUGCAAUCAAAUUCAAGUUAUUAUGGGC